CGGCAAACACCCUAUAACGCCCUCGAAAGCCCAAGCCAUACCCAUGUACCUUCCUCACAUGCCCACAACCCAUCAAGAGAAUAGAAACGAUGAGCACAUGACCUCAUCACGGAGUUCUCCGAUGGAUGUCUGCAGCAUAUCUAGGAACGGACUUGGACACUUGAGUCACAAUACGAGCAGUACCAGGAAACCAAGACGUCGAGUCAUCCGGCUCUGAUGUCCGGAAUGAGUCACGAGAUGUAAACAAUGGUCACUUCGGUCAUUCCGAUUGUUGUUUUGCAAGAGGAUGUCGACACUUUUCGGCGUUGGCUAACGACUCCUUCUAUACAACGUUUGUUUACAUUUAUCGUUAUGAUCUCUUGUGUUUUCUGCUCUGUCCUAGACCUCUGAGUAUUCACUUUGAUGGUUUUGGUCCUCCUAGUCGGACCGGGAUUAUGCCUGACCCCUCAGUGUAUACAGUUAGUCCACGUGAUCAUCUGUAUACAUCACCCUAAAUAGACAUCAUACUAAGUCACUAGGACAACCGUGGAUUUUUGAACAAUGCAGUUUUA